UAGACACCAGCAGUUUGUGUCCCUGAUAAAAGGAAAAAUUUCUCAAAAACGUUCACAAAUAUUACAAAAACUCCCAUAAAUGAAGACUUUAUGGAUGUACCUUGGCUUGGUGGGUUGUGUCGUACUACUGACAGGUCCAAUCCAAUCUCUAGACCUUGAUGAACUUUCCUUACUUGACGAUCUUGAGUCUCUGGCAAAAGCGGCACCUUCAGAGAACAAUGGCAAACAGAAUCACUUGUGUUCGUUUCGUCAACCAUACAGACGAUGGCGGGAAAAGCAAUAUUAUAGAAGAGUGUUAAAGGCUUUUCAAGUACCAUGUCUGACACAUGGAGUCAAGAAACCACUUGGAAAGUGUACAAGAUACAGAUUUGUUCACGAGCCCGCCAAACGUCAUAUAACGGGGACAGCUUUUCGUAUAGUCAAGAAAUGCUGCAAUGGAUGGAAAGGAAAAUUGUGCUCAGAAAGGGUGGAUUCAUAUGAUACUAAUGAAAGAAGACAGGCUGAUCAACCUAGACCAGGACAAUGUCCUGUACCACCAACCAACACAUCAGGAACCGCCUGUACAAGAAACUGCACACGAGAUGAUGACUGCCGUAAGAACAUGAAGUGCUGCCCUACGACAUGUGGAGGAUUGCAGUGUAUGCUACCUACCUUAUCUAUCUCUAACCACAGUAGAAUAUAUGUAACCUGCACUCCUCCUUGCUUGAAUGGUGGAAGCUGUGUUACUAAAAACGUCUGUUUGUGUCCAGCCCAUUACGAUGGUCCUUUUUGUCAAUACACACUGAUCAAAGCUUCAUCAAAACCGUCGACAGUCUCAUCAACGAGUGCAAUAUCCUCCAUAAUGAACGAGCCUAACCUCUGUUACACAUGGCUCUCGCAUUACCGUACAUUUGAUGGUCGAUAUUUCUAUUUUCCUGGUCGGUGUACCUACAAGCUUGUUCAUGACUGUCGGGAUGACAUGUUCUCAGUUCACGUGUAUCAUGACCCCUAUUGUCUAAGUCAUUCUGGAUGUAAGCGGUCUGUUAAUCUUUAUCUUGGUGGUUCGAAUAUCAAGGUUCAUCUUGAAGAUCAAAAAGUACAGGUGGACAAAACGAACGUCACCCUACCCUACAUAGUCAACAAUGUCAUCAUCGAAAGGGUUUCCAGUUACGUCUUGGUCCAUGGUUUCAGUGGACUAACAGUGCUUUGGGAUGGGCAGGAUAGCAUUUAUAUUCAUCUAACAUCCAAGCACGUUAACACCACGUGCGGUCUGUGUGGGAACUACAACGGUCUACCAGAUGACGAUUUUGUAACUUUAAACGGUCAGCGGACGAGCUCUGUAGCUCAGUUUGGGAAUAGCUGGCGCAUGGCAAAUGUGAAAGACACCUGUCCAAAUACGCAAGAAGCGGAAACAAAAUUACCUUGUCAAGGAGUGAUUGGUGCGCAUGUUAAUAAGACCCAAGAGAAAUGCAAGCUGCUUCAAGAUCUUGGGAUUUUCGGCCGAUGUCACGCAAGGGUGGACCCAACACCAUACAUCGAUAUGUGCAAACAAGAGGCAUGUAGAUGUGUAUUAAACAACAUGACUGACUGUAUCUGUGAUGCGUUAACACAGUAUUCCAGGGCCUGUUCUAGGAAUAAAGUUCAUUUGCAAUGGAGGACAGAACGUUUAUGCCCUGUAAGCUGUCCUUCAGGGUUUGUACACAUCGAAUGUGGUUCAACUUGUCCUCAAACUUGUCAGCUGAGGAAGCGCAGCUAUGUGUGUCCACAACACUGCAUCGAUGGCUGCAUGUGCCCUGAUGGGACGAUGUUGGAUGGAAACAGAUGCAUUAAGAAAACAGAGUGUCCGUGUGAACACCACAAGAAACGCUUUGAAUCUGGAACGGUCAUUCAACGUGACUGCAAUCAGUGCGUUUGCAAAAAUGGAAGAUGGAAUUGCACAAGCAACCACUGUCCAGGGACAUGCGCAUCUACCGGGGAAACACACUACCGGACAUUUGACGGCCUGACGUACUCAUUAUCGGGCAAGUGUAGAUACAUCCUCGCAAAAGACUGUAGUGAAAACUCGUUUACAGUUGUAACAGAUAACAGUGCCUGCAGAUCUGCUGGUUCUACACCGUGUACAAGGAACAUCUUGAUUUACCUGAAUAGUACUGUGGUUAGAAUGGAGAGAGGAGGCGCAGUAGCUAUAAAUGGAACAAAUGUAAUACAGUAUCCCCAUGCUGGCACAGGUUUUAUCGUAAGACGUCCCUCGUCUAUAGUCACCAUGCUUGAAGCUGCCAUAGGUCUAACAGUUGAAAGGCGUGGCACUUCACGUGUGUAUAUUACCGUUCAACCAUCCUAUCGCACUAAGACAUGUGGACUCUGCGGUACUUUUAACAGCAACCAAAAUGAUGACUUGCUAACGAAUGAGAAUGUCUUGGAGAGUGACGUGGUGUCGUUCGGUAAUUCUUGGAAAGUGGAUGAUUUGUGCAAUGACACUAGAGCUGUACAACAUGCAUGUGAUGUGCAAGUACAGCGCAAGGCCUACGCAGAUAAGAUGUGCAAUAAACUACUGCAGUUUCCAUUCACUAAUUGCCAUCAUGUUAUUGAUCCAUCGGACGGCUACAUCGAUCGCUGUCGAUUCGAUGUGUGUGGCUGCCAAGCUGGAACAGACUGUCUUUGUCAGGCUGUAGCUCAUUACGUUCACGACUGCGCCAGCAAAGGAGUAGUGAUCAACUGGAUCAACUCGAAAGUUUUACCGGAAUGUAGUUCUGGCUGCAGCCAUAGCGGACAGGUGUACCACGAGUGCGGUCCAAUGUGUAACCGAACUUGCCUCGAGCUGUCGUCUUUAGUUUCUUGUCGUGAGAAAACGUGCAUUGAAGGCUGCAACUGCCCUGCUGGCAUGGCAUUAAAUGACCAGCAUAAGUGCGUACCCUACGGAUCAUGCCCCUGUUAUUAUGAAGGUCGUAGCUUUGCACCAGGGACCGUUAUAAAACCAACAAAGUGCAGUGAAUGCCAUUGUCAUGAUGGAAAAUUUCAAUGCACUAACAGGACAUGUGAAGUUUGUCCUCCUGGCCAGGUUUGGGUUACCUGUGGAGCCCAAUGCCAAAGAACCUGCAACAAUUUCCAUCUUCCUUGCCUCGAUACCAAGUGUCGCCAUGGAUGUAUGUGUCCGCAAGGCCAAGUAUUGAACGGUCAGCGGUGUAUUAGCUCCUCAGGUUGUUUAUGUCAUCAUGGUGGCCAGAAAUACCGACCUGGACAAACAAUACAGAUAGACUGUAACAAAUGUACGUGCCGUGGCUCACAGUGGUCAUGUUCACAACACAUCUGUCCAGGGACUUGCUCAGCAUAUGGAGACCCAAACUACAUCACAUUCGAUGGCAGGAGAUUUAGAUUCUCAGGGGCUUGCGAGUACGUAUUUGCUUCAGACUUUUGUGAUGGACACAACGGCACCUUCAGAAUACAGACCCUUAAUGUCCCCUGUGGAUCUACAGGCGUGACGUGCACAAAGAAAAUCACCGUUACCCUUGGCGACACUGUCAUCCAAUUGGAAAGGGACAGUAAACCAAAGGUAACGCCGUUACCAGGAGCAACGGUCUAUACCACGAGGUAUUCUAUACGCGAAGUCCACUUUUUUACUGUGAUUGAAACGAAGAUCGGCUUGACUUUGAUGUGGGACCGAGGUACAAGAAUAUAUGUAACACUCAGCCCGGAAUUUCGAGGAAAAACCUGUGGUUUUUGUGGCAAUUUUAAUGGUGAUCGUUCUGAUGACUUCAUGACGCCUCAAAUGCUUCCAGAAGCGCGUUCAGACGCGUUUGGGGACAGCUGGAAGGUUGAGCCAUCCUGCCCUGACGCCUUGCCUGUCGCUAAUCCUUGUGAACAGCACAAGAAUCGACGUCCUUGGGCACAUAAGAUGUGUAACAUAAUCAGAAGGGAUGUCUUUCAACCAUGCCAUAGUGUUGUUGAUCCAGGCCCUUGGUAUGACGCAUGCCUGUACGACACCUGCGCUUGUGACAGUGGUGGUGACUGCGAGUGUCUUUGUACAGCGAUCGCAGCUUAUGCACAUGCGUGUAGCAGUCAUGGUGUCCCAAUAACUUGGAGGACUCAACAAUUAUGUCCAAUACAGUGUCCUCAAGCAGGAAAUGCUGUUUCAAAAUACCAAGCUUGUGUUUCCGUCUGUCCCGAAACGUGCUCGUCUUCCUGUUCUUCAUCCCAAGUCAAGUGCCCCUUUAGAUGCAUCGAGGGCUGCGCAUGUCCAAAUGGAACCGUGAUGCACGAUGGGAGGUGUGUAAAACCACGUGACUGCCCAUGUGAACUGGAUGGCACUCUCCAUCAACCAGGAUCCAUUGUUAUCAAAAACUGCCAAAAAUGUAAAUGCGAGAGAGGCUGUUUAACAUCGUGUCAUGGACCAACAUGUGCUCCGACAACACCAGGAACGAUAUUAUCAACGACCAUUACCAUGCCAACCACCAAGAUCACCAAGGCAACGACUAGAUACGUACUGACGUUACCUUCCACCAAACCUGUCUCCAUGAAAACAGAGAAGAGUACUGCGCCACCGCUCACAGAAUCCACAACGAGUAUUGUAACAACCAACAAGACGAUCCAAACCACGGAAGCACCAGCACCUACCACUAAGAGUAUAUAUGUUGGUACUGUAACAGAGAGCACACCAGGGAGUGAAGGACAAGUAAAACCUACUCAGUUGAACUGGACUACUACGAGCAAAUCAAGAAAUAUCACUACUGUUGUGACUACACAAGUGUCCAGCAACGCCACACAAGUACCUACUACUAUGGUAACCACGCCUUCUACAAAUGAAACUACAGUGGUAACCACGCCUUCUACAAAUCAAACUACAUUGGUAACCACGCCUUCUACAAAUGAAACUACGGUGGUAACCACGCCUUCUACAAAUAAAACUACGGUGGUAACCACGCCUUCUACAAAUGAAACUACGGUGGUAACCACGCCUUCUACAAAUAAAACUACGGUGGUAACCACGCCUUCUACAAAUGAAACUACGGUGGUAACCACGCCUUCUACAAAUAAAACUACGGUGGUAACCACGCCUUCUACAAAUGAAACUACGGUGGUAACCACGCCUUCUACAAAUGAAACUACGGUAACUACUUCGGCUCUGUUGACAACCACAUGGCGGAAUGUUUCAACAACUCAAACCACGCAACAACCUACAACAGCUAUGACUUGUCCACCGUGUGCUAGAAGUAACUUUCAAUGUGCAAGUGGUUGCGAGUGUCUACCCAAGCAAUGGGUCUGUGAUGGUAAACCGGAUUGUGGUGAUGGUUCUGAUGAGAUUGGUUGUCCGACCACACCUAUACGUAAUACGACUGUAACAACAGUUACAGUAUCUGCUAACUACACCUCGACAACAACUACAGAAUCACCAACGUCGCAACCUACAUGCCAAGGUAACAAGAUACCCACCAAUUGCCAACCAGCGUGCGACAUAACAUGUCAGUAUAUCAAUCAAUCUUGCUCGUCACAUCAACCUCUCCAUUGUGUCCCUGGCUGUCGGUGUCCGGAUGCAAGUGUAUUCAACGGUACUCACUGUACGAGACCAAGUGACUGUAUCUGCUCUUACAAUGGCAGCUUUUAUGAGCCUCGCUCUUCAUGGACUAGUGGGUGUGACCUCUGUGUUUGUUGGAAUAAUACCGUCCUGUGCCAUAGAAUACCUUGUCCAUCGAUUGGCUUAUGUCCGUCUGAUCUCUUCCAUGUUGUUACUAUAGAAGGAGAAUGUUGUCCAAAGUGCGUCAGGCGUAAUGUUACCAAGACUACCCCAUUACCACCAUGUCUGGAAUCCUUCACACGGUGCAAGAACGGGACUUGUAUUUCCAAGCAUUGGAUAUGUGAUGGGGAGAAGGACUGUAUGGACGGAGAAGACGAGAGGAACUGCUCGGUGGCAGCCUGUGCUAAUUCACUAGGUAUUGCAAAUAACAAGACACCAGUCGUCUUUUCUGCCUCAUCUUCAAAGUCCUUCUACUACAAACCCUCCCUUGGACGUCUAAACAACAGGCAUAUCGUUGGUAAGGGCAGUGGAAGUUGGUGUAGCCAUCUAACAAACGACUCUGAUCCUUAUUUACAAGUAGAUUUGGGAUCUGUAUAUAGAGUGACCAAGAUAGCGACCCAGGGGAAUCCUGUGUUGAAUGACUGGGUUAAACACUAUCGAGUUCUGUACAGUACUAAUGGAAUAAACUGGUUAAAGAUCAAGUCAAAUGGCAAAGAAAUGAUAUUUGAUGGCAAUAGUGAUCGUCAGACCGCGGUGACUAACAAAUUUCCAGAACCAAUCAACGCCCAGUACGUCAGGAUUAAUGCCCUUCGGUGGAACCGUCUUGCUUGUUUGCGUAUUGAACUUUAUGGUUGUAACACAACAGCACCUUCACCAACUACCUUGGUACCAACUACGAGAUACUGUCCAGAGUUCAGAUGUGACAAUGGUAAAUGUAUCCCGUACCGCUGGGUCUGUGACAACGAUAAUGACUGUGGGGAGUGGUCUGAUGAGCGCUGUAACAUCACCUGCAACUCUAAACAGUUCCAGUGUGGCAAUGGCAAGUGUAUUGAUCGUACGUUUGUCUGUGAUGGUGAUGAUGACUGUGGUGACAGAUCCGAUGAGAUUUCGUGUCAUAACGUUACGUGCGCAGAAUUCACUUGUGGGAAUGGAUUGUGCAUACCUUAUAAGUUUCUCUGUGAUGGAGUAUCAGACUGCAGCGAAGGUGAAGAUGAAAAUCAAAACUGUCCAACCCACGUGACCACACCGAGCAACUCGUGCCCAGGGUUUACGUGCAAGGACAGUUCUUGCAUUCCACAGGGUUACCGUUGUGAUUUUUACGAGGACUGUCCCUGGGGAGAGGACGAGGAAGGAUGUCCUUGCAAGAACGACACAGAAUGGCGGUGUGAAAAGAGCGGGAAAUGCAUAAGGAAGGAGCACGUUUGUGACGUGUUUGUUGAUUGUCCUGAUGGUGAAGAUGAAGAAGGAUGUCCAACCACUGAAAACAUGGUUACCAAUACUGCUAGCACAACAGCAGCAGCAAAGAUCCCUAAAACUACUGAAACGACGACAACAACUAAACUACCAACAAAUUACUCACAGACAACAACCAAGAUUCCACAACCAAAGACCACUGAAAUAACAACAACUAAAAUAAAAACGACUGAGCCCACAACUAAGCUUCCAAAACCACACACUACUAAAAAAACGAUAAAAACCACAGAAAUACCAACCACUGUCACAAAGACAACAACAAAGAUUCCACAACCAGAAACCGCUGAAACACAAACGACAACGAUAACUGAAAUACCAACAACUGAAGGGCCCACAACUGUCAAACAGUCAACAACAAAGAUUCCACAAGCACAAACUACUGAAACAACACAAACGACAACGAUAACUGAAACACCAACAACUGAAGGGCCCACAACUGUCAAACAGUCAACAACAAAGAUUCCACAACCACUAACUAUUAAAAAAACAACGAAGGCAACUAAAAUACCAACAAUAUUUACACAGACAACAACGAAUACCCCAAGCCAACAAACUACAACAACUGAAACGCCAACAACUGUCACACAAACAACCACUACUAGCUCCACAGAACAAAUAACAAGUGCUAAGCCGACGACUUCAAAACCUGUUACCACAGUGAAAUGGCCGAUGUUGCCCACAGCUCACACCACCAGUACAACUGUCCCUAAAUAUUGUCCUCCUGAUUGUUUCUGCCUCGUGUUGUGUGAUAGGAAGGUUGAAUGUCAGAAGUCAACCUGUCCUAUAGAAGGAUGCAUUUGUACAAGCGAAAGAUACAACAAUGGAAGUCACUGUAUACUACCCAUGCCUGAUCCAUGCUUACCUCAAUGUAUUCAUAACGGGGCUUCCUACAGGGUCAACACGAAGAUCAUCGGGUUCAGUGAAGAUCGCUGCCAGGAAUGUCGUUGUAAACGGACUCCCAGGACAAUUGGAGAUGUUUCAGUGCAGUGUUAUAAAGUGUGUGACGUCACUUGUCCUGAGGGUUAUCGCGCGGUACCUAUAUAUCACCCCCAUAGAUGCUGCAAGUGUUUCCCCAUAAGACCAGUAACCACACCAAUAAUAACAUCAAAAACCACACCCACUACGAUCAUCAGUACCACAGAAAAAACAGAACAGCCAACCAGACCUGUGACAGUACCUGGCGUGACUACAAGCGUUACAACAACUACACGUUCCAGUACACGGAAUAACGUUACAGAACAAGCUGUUCCAACUACUCAAGGUCUUCAGAAGAACGUCACGAAACCUAACUUGACAGAGAGAGUCACGACAGGUUCCACUUCAGUUAGUGGUACCCAACAGCCUGUCACGCAAUCUAACGUGACUACUGCUUCGUCAAUCGCCACAGCACCAACAAGACAUCCUGAUGGUGUUACGAGUGCACCUCCCUGCAUGUGGAGCAACUGUUCUUGUACACCCACGUGUGAUGACAUUGCUACAAGAAAACAUACCAACAGUACCCCCUGUGGGGCACGGAAUUGUCGACCUGGUUGCCAGUGUCCGGUGGGUUAUGCAUCAUUUAACAACAGUUGUGUCGUCCCAGCCCAAGAGUGUCCUUGCUUUCAUGAUGGGCGCUUUUAUAAGGCUGGUGAUUCGUUCAAUAAUGGUACUUGUUCGACGUGUUUGUGCAUACAGGACAGCCUGCAGUGUGUGGAGAGCUGUAACAUCCACAGUUGCCCACAGGGUAGUGAACUCAUAGAUACACCAGGAAAGUGUUGCUAUUGCCAGAAGAUAAAAAUUUGUCCAGUGAAUAUGGUGUACUCCAAGUGCUCGUGUAAUGUCACGUGUUCUAGUCCCAGCAUGCAUUGUGACCUAAGCAAAUGCAUUCCCGGAUGUCAGUGUCGCGUUGGUACUUAUGAUAACGGCUCGGCUUGUGUGCCAUUGAAGCAAUGUUACUGUAUUCGUGAUAAUGUAAUAAGAAAGAGCAACGAAACAUGGCGUGAACAAAACUGUACUCUCUGUAAAUGUCUGAGGGGUUCGGUGAAAUGUGGACACGUCUGUGAUAUAACGGCAUGUACAGAGGGACAAGAGAUAGUUUUGCCUUCAAACAGUUGCUGUUUUUGCCAGUUGAAAGCAACAACACCAACGACCCCAACCAGCCAUGUGACGACUUCUAGAAACCAUACCGAGCCUCUACCUACAACUAUAUCCAACGAAACAACACAAGAAAAUGCAACUACUACACCUGCACCUCCUUUAACGACGUUAACACCAACCAAAUAUAACAAUACUAGAGAAAAUAUCACAACUGUGGUACCAACCAUGUCCAGUGAAAGUAUUACUACGACUGGGCCGAUCAGCAGUACAACAAUGGCAGAAAACGUAACAACAUCGCCUAUAGUACCAUCAUCUGCUCCAGCACCUACUUCCACGGGCACAGAAAAUAUCACGACAACUUCACCAAACAUAACACCAGAAAACACGACUACAUCAUCACCCCAACCUACAACAACCCAUCCAAGAACAACAGCAUCAUCUACAACUACUAGUUAUCUUCCACCAAGUGCUCGACCAACUGAAGGCGUCAUUCAACCAUGUAAGCUGCACUCGACCCUUAUGAACUACACAGACAGCAAAGGUUGUAAGAGCCAACAACAGUCACAAGAAACAGCCUGUCAGGGAGGAUGUUGGUCAAGUUUUAUCGCAAAUAUAACCUUCCCUCGUCUAACACAUUCAUGUCGAUGCUGUAAACCCGUCGAGUUUGAUACUAAGAACACGACUUUGAAAUGUCCUGGUGGUGAUGUCAAGGUUCAUCAAUACCUUGUGAUUACAUCAUGUGAGUGUCAGGACUGUGAGCAGAGAGAAUAUCUAGACAAGCUGGUUCAGACGGCGAUGAGGAUAACCAAAAACAACACGACAGAUUUUCACUCACAUGGUAACUAACGUAAUAUUAUAUCUGUAUGGAAAAUGAACAUGGAAAAGCUUCAUUCAAUAGACUAGUCAUGGUAACUGAGAUACGACGAACGGCGAAUAGCUCAGAAAUGACAUUUACUUGGUAACUUGUGUACAGAUCUAGAGACAAAUAUUUAUGCUGUAUUGUCAAUACCAAUUCUGUUUAGAAAAAUACUCUUUCUUUAAUGCUACAUAAAAGGUAAUUACGAUUUAACCAUAGAUUCUACUUUCUUUCUCUAAGUAUAUAUUCAAAUGGAACAAAGAAGACCAGGUUAAGCAAAGCGAAAAGGAAAACGGGUUGCUAUCAAUAGAUUGAGAAUGGAGGGGAGGCAGGUGUUUUCCCUUCACGUAAGGCUGAUUAUGAGAUUCAGUAAUUCAUCUGAUUGUUACCAAGCAAUUCGAUCAUGAAAAAAGUUCAAAAAUCCUAUAAAAGUGUUGUAGAUUCGUUUAACGCUACACAGUUUCUACCCUGCGAACAUAGGGUUACUUAUCUGCUCCUUCAUAGAGCUGAGUGCCAACAGAAAGGGACAGAAGAAAACCUCUGCAAGCACGGUACAAAGUUACAAACAAUUGCUGUGGUAACGAGUACAAAAGCCAAUGCUCACUGUGAUUCUGCACCUGUUAAAACUAUUCUAUUUCUAAGUUAUAUAAAAAUGUUCCAAUAGAAAACGAUAAAACUAUAUAUCUAUA